CGGUAAGUAUGUACUAGUGUUUUGUAUUUUUCAUCUUGCCUUUUUUUCUUUUGUGCUUCAUUUCGAAUUCGUUCGAGAUUCGAGUGAUUCAACCGAAGGAGGAAAUACGUGCAAAACGAUGAACGAAGGCGAGAACUCGUCCCAAGAGAGGAACGAUUAUAUUUGCAUCGGUGUGCCGACAACACAAUCGUCGUUGCCCCCGGUGGCCAAGACGGAGGAGGUCGAGGAGGAUCCUUCCGCCGCCGCUGCAAAACUUCUCAAGUCUCGAGGAACCUGUUGCUUCCUGAUGAAAUUUGGGGUAUGCAAUCCUCGGAACCCGCCCUGCCGAUUCUAUCAUCCACCGGAGGGAGCCGUCGUCGACGACGGGGUCUCCCCCUGCGCCUUUGGCCUGGCCUGCCGGCAGGGCCACGCGAAACGCAUCCGGAAAUCAUUCGCCUCCCGGGCCGAAAAGGAUGCCUACUGGACAAAAUACUACGGCUACGAUGCGGGGGAAUCCCCGGCGGUCCGCGAUGCCAACCGGCUCGAGUCCCAGCUGGAGCCCUGGCCGACCUCGGAUAUUCGAAAGCGGCUGGUCCACGACUUUGGGGAAUCCUUUCUGGAAAUGGACCCCCUCGACCGAAAGACCCUGAUGGAAAAGCUCCUCRCACACUAUAGACGCCGGGAGGACGCCUCUCUGAACACGAACAACCUCCCGAUCCGAAAACGCAUCCGGGUCCGGGGCGAGACCCCCGUCCCGCCGGAUCUCUGCGCCUCCCUGCUAUCGGAACUGAAGGCCUGGCGGAGGUCCCACGGAAACGUAAACACGAGGCCGUCCAUCAAGGCAACGUCCUACCUGAUCCUGAGGGCGCCCUCCGAGGAGCUCCCGCCCGACACGAAGGAAAAACCGGCGGGGAUGAGCCGGAAGGAAUUCAAGGAACUGAAAAAACUCAAGCGGUUUYGGUCCCUCUGGGACCUGGCCAACAAGGCCAUCGAACUCGUGAGGGGCCACGAUCCGGCCUUUCUUGAGAGUUUUUCGGCACUGGCGGUAACCUACGGCUUCCGGGGGAGCCCGCACAUUGACAAGCAAAACACGGGGCCCUUUUACGGAUUGUCUCUGGGGGAGUUUGGGGUCGAAGGGGGGGGUCUUGGCAGCGGCAGUGGCAGUGGCAACGGCAACAAAACGAGAUGCGUCAACGGCGGGGGAUGCGUCUGCGUCGAGGCCGAUGCCUUCACAGUGGCGCACGUUUCGACGCACAACUGCCUGGCCAAGUGCGACGGCCGGUAUCCCCACUGGGUAUCCGAUUACGAGGGGGAACGCUAUUCGCUCAUCUACUACGCGACCUCGGCCGAAAAGGACGACUUCACCGCGCCAUCGAAAGCGUUUUUUGGAACGGUCCUAGGGGACAACGAAGAACUGAGGGUGCGAGAGACGGACAACCAAACAGCGGUAUAACAUUACCACAAGAACGAUGACAAUAAUGUAAAUGGGUAUGGUGUAAAGCUAAAAAUACCGAUCAAAUCAAAGAAAAGUUUCUAGUUCUAGAGUAUCUGUAUUAGGACAAUAAGGAGAAACGACAUGA